AUGACGUCGCAUGGCAAGAACCACUUGCAGCCGAACUACUACGACGUACUGGGCGUUGAUCGCGCUGCGUCUACAGACGACAUCAAGGCCGCGUACCGCAAGCUCGUCCUGGAACACCAUCCCGAUCGCUCGCACGUCAAACGAUCGAGCAGCUCUUCCCGUCCGGAUGGAAAAGACGCCCAGAUCCUUCGCAUCAAUGCUGCGUACGACUUGCUGAGCGACGACGCAGCUCGUGUCAAGUAUGACAUGGACAUGUUUGGGGUCUCUGCCGCGUCGAACGACGACGAAGCGACGCGGGACGCCGUCAACGUGGCCCGCAACUACAAACCCAUGAGCUCGCAAGACGUGCACGAGAUGUUUGGAGGGCUGAACUCGUACGAGCGCUUUACAACGGCGCAGUACCACCGCCUGCGGUCCCACGUCGCCCCGGCUGCGAUUGGCCGACGGGCGACGAACCUCCUGGAGCGGAAGCAGUUUCGUGCCGCCAACUCGAAGCUGCCUACACAGACAGCGACGCUGGCGUGGCUGGCGUUCCCCAUUGCAUUGGCAGCACUAUGGGGCGUGAAUGUGAGCAACAUAAAGGAGCAGUGCAAGAAGCGCUAA